AGCUAUGUCGUUGAAUUUCCUAGCGCAGUUCGCAAGCCGAUCUAGGAUAGCCCUGUUUCCAGCGAUCGCGUCGGUCCAGCCUUCUAAUGCUGGGGACUCAGCUUCACUCUCAUAGCCACCUCAAUGCGCGCAUCAUCCUGCUCCCAAAUGCCCACCGCUGCCUUAAUCCCCGAGGGACCCCACGCGUUCGUCAUUCCCGCAUCCCACGCACUCUGCCCCAAGCUCGCGGCAGCUGCCCGUUACCCGCUCUCCGCCGCCGUCGGAUGUGGUUGGCUGUGAAUCGGGAGCCUCUUCCCGCUGCUUCCUGCUUCGCGCAGCCCGCGCGACCAGCUGCGCUCGCAUCGGCCACCCGCCCGCGAGCAGGGAGGACGAGAGGCGAGAGAGCAGGGAGGAAGAGAGGCGAGAGAGCGGGGAGGAAGAGAGGCGAGAGAGCGGGGAGGAAGAGAGGCGAGAGAGCGGGGAGGAAGAGAGGCGAGAGAGCGGGGAGGAAGAGAGGCGAGAGAGCGGGGAGAACGAGAGGUGAGGGAGCGGGGAGGAAGAGAGGCGAGAGAGCGGGGAGGAAGGGAGGCGAGAGAGCGGGGAGGAAGAGAGGCGAGAGAGCGGGGAGGAAGAUAGGCAAGAGCGCGGGGAGGAAGAGAGGCGAUAGAGCGGGAAGAGAGGAGAGAGCGGGGAGGAAGAGAGGCGAUAGAACGGGGAGGAAGAGAGGCGAGAGAGUGGGGAGGAAGAUAGGCAAGAGAGCGGGGAGGAAGAGAGGCGAGAGAGCGGGGAGGACGCGAGGCGAUAGAGCGGGGAGGAAGAGAGGCGAGCGCGUAAGGGAAGGAGAGGCGCGCCAGGAGAAGGGCCGGGAGUAACCCACGGCCCACGAGGAAGGAGGGAAUAGACAUGGCGCACCCGGUCACAUGGGGGAACUUAGUCAACCUGCAGUUAAAUUUGCGAGAACACCAGAGUUAUUGGCUGUAAGGUUGCUUGCCGUUUCCAAGCUUUUCAAAGCAGGUCGGACAAUGAAUGAACAACCAGUAG